ACUGAGUGUCUCUUCCUUGUAGGUCUUGACGCACUGACUGCUCUUGGAGUCAAAUUGUAAAAAGAUUCCCAGGAUGUAAGCAAUACAGGACUGAUAUGACGCUGCCUCUUGUGUUUAGCUAUUGGGAACAGUUACAAUUUUCUGUGCUGAAAUCAUUCUGGAAACUCCAACAGUAGACUUCAGCAUUCAAGGGAAGCCAAAGCCAUUGGAGGGGGCACAAAGCCAAAAGCCUUUUAUCUUAGGAGUUCCAAAAAUUUCACUGCCCCUUCCCUGCCCAUCCCCCACCCCCAAAAUAAGCCAUUGCACACAGACAGGCAGCAUGGCGAGCAAACGGAAAUCUACAACCCCAUGCAUGGUCCGGACAUCACAAGUACUAGAGCAGGAUGUGCCCGAGGAAGGAGACAGGGCCAAAGAGAAGAGGGUCGGCACGCCCCAGCCUGAAAUGGCCAAGGACACUUGGGCAGGGGAGCCGGAAAACUCUUCCAAAGAAAGUGAAGUGAUAGAGGUGAAGUCCACGGGGGAAGCACAGUCCAAAAAGCUCCAAGGUGGUUACGAAUGCAAAUACUGCCCCUACUCCACGCAGAACCUGAACGAGUUCACGGAGCACGUCGACACGCAGCACCCCAACGUGAUUCUCAACCCCCUCUACGUGUGUGCCGAAUGUAACUUCACAACCAAAAAGUACGACUCCUUGUCGGACCACAACUCCAAGUUCCAUCCCGGGGAGACCAACUUCAAGCUGAAGCUGAUCAAGCGCAACAAUCAGACCGUCUUAGAGCAGUCCAUCGACGCCACCAACCACAUCGUGCCCAUCACCACCAGCGGCCCCGGAGGCGGGGACAGCGAUCCUGGGAUCUCGGUGAGUAAAACUCCCAUCAUGAAGCCAGGGAAACCGAAAGCUGAUGCCAAGAAGGUGCCCAAGAAGCCGGAGGAGGCCGCCCCCGAGAACCACGUGGAAGGGACCGCCCGCCUGGUGACAGACGCGGCUGAGAUCCUCUCAAGACUCGGGAGCGUGGAGCUCCUCCAGGACACGUUGGGACAUGUCAUGCCCUCUGUCCAGCUCCCACCAAAUAUCAACCUUGUCCCCAAGGUCCCCGUCCCGCUGAACACUACCAAAUACAACUCUGCCCUGGACACCAACGCUACCAUGAUCAACUCUUUCAACAAAUUCCCUUACCCCACCCAGGCUGAGCUGUCCUGGCUGACCGCUGCUUCCAAACACCCAGAAGAGCACAUCAGAAUCUGGUUUGCCACCCAGCGCCUGAAGCACGGCAUCAGCUGGUCCCCAGAGGAGGUGGAGGAGGCCCGGAAGAAGAUGUUUAACGGCACCAUCCAGUCAGUGCCCCCGACGAUCACCGUGCUGCCCGCCCAGCUGGCCCCCACAAAGAUGUCACAGCCCAUCCUCCAGACAGCUCUUCCGUGCCAGAUCCUUGGCCAGACCAGCCUCGUGCUGACUCAGGUGACCAGCGGGCCAACAACCGUCUCUUGCUCCCCCAUCACGCUCGCCGUGGCCGGAGUGACCAACCAUGGCCAGAAAAGACCGUUAGUGACUCCCCAAGCUGCCCCCGAGCCCAAGCGUCAACACGUUGCUCAAGUGCCAGAGCCCCCACCCAAGGUGGCCAACCCUUCGCUGACCCCCGCCAGCGACCGCAAGAAGACGAAGGAGCAGAUUGCACAUCUCAAGGCGAGCUUCCUCCAGAGCCAGUUCCCUGACGACGCCGAGGUCUACCGACUCAUCGAAGUGACCGGCCUCGCCAGGAGCGAGAUCAAGAAGUGGUUCAGCGACCACCGGUAUCGGUGUCAAAGGGGCAUCGUCCACAUCACCAGCGAAUCCCUUGCCAAAGACCAGAUGGCCAUCGCGGCCUCCCGACAUGGUCGCACGUACCACGCAUACCCAGACUUUGCCCCCCAGAAGUUCAAAGAGAAAACACAGGGUCAGGUGAAAAUCCUGGAAGACAGCUUUCUGAAAAGCUCUUUCCCGACCCAAGCAGAACUGGACAGGUUAAGGGUGGAGACCAAGCUGAGCAGGAGAGAGAUUGACUCCUGGUUCUCGGAGAGGCGGAAGCUUCGGGACAGCAUGGAACAGGCUGUCCUGGAUUCCAUGGGGUCCGGCAAGAAAGGCCAAGACGCGGCAGCCCCCAACGGUGCUCUGUCUCGGCUUGACCAGCUCUCCGGGGCCCAGUUAGCCAGUUCUCUGCCCAGCCCGUCACCAGCAAUUACACAGAGUCAAGAACAGGUUCAUCUCCUGAGAAGCACGUUUGCCAGAACCCAGUGGCCGACCCCCCAGGAGUAUGACCAGCUCGCUGCCAAGACCGGCCUGGUCCGAACUGAAAUUGUGCGUUGGUUCAAGGAGAACAGAUGUUUGCUAAAAACUGGAACCUUAAAGUGGAUGGAGCAGUACCAGCAGCCUCACAUGGCGGAUGAUCACGGCUACGACGCCCUGUCGAGGAAGGCGGCCAAAACCGUCAUCGUCGAGAGCCCAAAGAACGGGAGUGAGGUGGGUCAGCAGUAUUACAAGGACCCCAAAAAGUUCUGCGAGGAGGGCUUGGAGAAGCUGGUACCCAGGGUAAAAGCGGGCGGUGAGCCAGCAAAAGACAGUUUGCUGGCAAAGCCCUUGGAGGCUGCCUCGGACAGGUUGGAGGGCAACAGCCGGGAUGGCCGGGGCUGCGACAAGCAGGAGGAGUCAGGCGUCGUGGACUGGGUGGAGGUGACGGUCGGAGAGGAGGACGCCAGCUCAGACAGGUCGGACAGCUGGAGUCAGACCGCGGCAGACGGCGCGGCGGAAAUGGCCGACUCGGACUCCGACAGCGUCCCUGCUGAGGCGGGUCAGGCCUAGACAGGGAAGCCCGUCAGAACUGCUGUGCUGAUGAAAGGGACGCUCUGUCUUUGAAGAAAGAAGAGAACUUCCCUCCCCGGCUGUGGGCCACCCUGGCCAGAGACUCCAAGCGGACUCAGCCCGCGUGCGCCUGCAGUGACGGGAACCCCAGCUGCUUGCACACGCACGCACCUCCCCGAGGCCCGGUGGGAAUUGUUCAUAGUGCCAAAGUCCUACUACUGCGUUUUCCAAGGGUCCUUGUAAAUAGUUUGCGCCUCUGCCCAGGCCCCCACCUCUUGCUGUACUGGAACCGAUUUGUACAAUGUGGGGAUUUUGUUACCUUUUUAAUCGAGGGCAACUUCCUUUUCCAGCACUACCAUUAUAAGGCUUUUUCCAGGAGGGAGGGCUGAUCACAUGUGCUUUUUUUUUCCGCCCCUCUUUUUUAUUUUUAUUAAUUUGGGGGGAGAGGGUGAUGUUAGCUUAGUGCCAUGAUAUCUACUGGAUUUUAGGUAGGGAGAGUUCAUUUUUAAAGGUAGUUUGAAAUUUGGGAGAUUUCUUCAGGGUUAAGGGCUGGGAUUCAGGCAUCUGUCUUAACUCAGAGAGGGGUUUACAGAGGGCAGAGCUUCCAAAUCAAAUCCAUUUCCAGUUCUCCCCAAGGUGCCUUUGGGGUCCCUGUUUAGCUACGCACAGGGCUUUCUGAACUGCCACCAGGCCACUCUGGUUUUCCCGCUGGCCUGGCCCCUGAGGUCAGACCUUGGGCCAUGCUGGCCCUGGGAGAGCUGGGUGGCAGGCAGCGACCUCUAAGCACCUUUGCAGUGACCAGCAGAAAGGGGGGCUCCCAAAUGUGUUAGCAUUAUCAUUACUUUUGUGAAAUUAAAACAAAAAGAGAUCGUCCUAUCUAGAUGGUACAAAGAUGAACAGCUUUGGUUUUCAUUUCUGUUCCUGCCUUUUCUCAGUGUGGUAUUUGAUAAGAGUUCAGCUUGAAGCUUCACCAUGAAUUGAUUUUUUUUGUUUGUGUGUGUGUUUGUUUUGGGCCAAUUUUAGAUUCCUGAGUGCACUUUUUUUUUUUCCUCAGUUAGUCCUAACUUCUAAAGAAGAAAAACCAAGAGACAUAUCUGGUGUAAAUGUUGCAAUAUGAAUUGUGUUUGCAGUCCCUUCCCCCUCCACCACCACCUACCACCCCCCAUUUGAGUACACUGCACAAAUAAAAUGAUAGGGAGUUUGAAAAACAAACCAAUUUUUCUAACUUGUUGCUCACUUGUUGUAACUCAAUAAAGCAAAAACUAAACAUUUUUAUAACCUU